AUGGCUACUCUGGAACAAGAACUUCUGGCCGACUUCGCCGACAGCGGAGACGAGGACAUUCAGGACUUGGAGAAUGACUUUGCUGAAGGAGACAACGGAUCGGAUGAUGACAUGGUAGAUGAGGAGGCGGAGUACAGGGCCAAGGACAAAAAGGACAACAAGGGACCUGCAGACAUACGAUCGGCCCAGCAACUCAAAGCAAACCUGGAAUCGGUGCUUGCACGUAUCGAGGAAACCAAGGAUCAGAUGGACGUGGUGGAUGGCGAAUCUUUUGAAGACUCGCCGGAAUACAAGCUCCUUACCGAAGCCAACGAGUUCUCUACGCAGAUUGAUGGCGAAAUCUCUGCCGUACACAAGUUUAUCAGAGAUCACUAUUCGGCCUUCUUCCCGCAUUUGGAGGACCUGAUCAAAAAUCCCGUCGUCUACGCGAGAGCAUGUUUGGUCAUUGGUGGCGGGCCUUUGAAGGAUAUCAAGACCAUUACGCCACAACUAAAGGCAAUCGAGGGACUCGAGCCUGCCCAGGUCAUGAUUGUCGAGAUCGAAGCCACACGAGUCGAAGGAAGACUUCUUGACGAGGCCGAGCUAAACUUGAUAAGAAAUGCCUGCCAUCUGCUGCUUGAGUUGAACGCCGCAAAGUCCAAGAUUUUGGGCUUCGUCGAAUCCCGAACUGAAGUGUUUUGCCCCAACCUGACAGCGCUUAUUGGAUCCUUGACAGCCGCACAUCUCAUUUCCUACUCUGGAGGUAUCUCUAAUCUAGCCAAGACUCCCGCCUGCAACAUUGCACCUUUGGGUUCUACCAAAGUGUCAGGCGCCACUGUGGGUCUUUCCAACAUUGGUUUGAGACACGAAGGUUACCUCUAUCACAGUGAGAUUAUCCAGAACCAAAGGCCCGAUCUUCGAAAACAGGCACUGCGCAUCGUGUCGGCCAAGGUGAUACUGGCUGCGCGCGUAGACGCCCACUCGAGCUCGCGCAACGCACACAUUGGCAUGGAUCUAAGGAGAGAAUGCGAACGCCGGCUGGACAAGCUGACGGAGCUGCCUGCAAACCAAAAGGGUCAGAGAGCGCUUCCUGUGCCGGACGAAAAGCCGUCACGCAAGCGCGGUGGAAGACGAGCGCGAAAGGCCAAGGAAGCAACUGCCAUGACGGAAAUCCGCAAAGCACAGAACAGGAUGACGUUUGGUAAAGAAGAGAAGGAGGUGGGCUAUGGAGACUCGGUCAAGGGCAUGGGCAUGAUUGGAGCCACGGACACGGGACGCCUGCGAGCCCAGCAAAUCGACCCCAAGACGCGGGCCAAACUCAGCAAGAAGAACGCUGGCUGGGGCGGUGACACGACACUGGGCAUGGCAUCGUCGCUCAAGGGCUUUGGGGCCGGUGGCACAGCAACGAGUCUGCGGGCGCAGGGGCUGCGGACUGGCGGCGUGGGCCUGAGUGGCGCGGGAACAAGCUCGAUUGCAUUUACCCCCGUGCAAGGACUGGAGCUUGUGGACCCCAAGGCACGCGAGGAGAUGCAGCGCAAAAGGAAGGCAGAUGAUGACCGGUGGUUUAAAGGUGGAUCGUUUACGCAGCUUAAUGCCAGCUCAAAGGUGGAUGCUGGGGGGUUCAAGGUGCCUGCGCUACCGAAUAAGAAGCCAAAGGCUGAGUGA